UAAAAAGAGGCUUCAUUUCCUGCUCAAAUGUGCCCACUGGCCUAACCAUAAUCGUUACUAAAAAAUCAACAAAAUUUGACUCACUUAUUGCGACAACAGCUCGCAGAAGCAAGAUCGUCUCCAGUGAAAUUAAGCAUGGGAGAGCAACUUCUUUGGGCCACAAAGAAUGGCGACAUGGAACUGCUGAAAGAUUUGGUUGAGAAACAGAAUGUAAGUAUCAAUACAGAACUGCUUAAUGGAAGGAUGGCAAUACAUUAUGCAGCUGAUUACGGCCAGUUGGAAGUUAUUGAAUACCUGGUGUCAAAAGGAGCAGAUAUGAAUCAAGCUGACAAACAUGGCAUUACUCCAUUACUUGCAGCAAUUUUUGAAGGACAUACCAGCUGUGUUAAAUUCUUCUUGUCAAAGGGUGCAAAUAAAAAUGGAAAAGCUCCAGAUGGCUCAUCAUAUUAUGAUGUUGCUGAAACAGAUGAAAUAAAAGCGCUUUUAAAAUAAAUUCCAUCUGAUGUGUGGAUAACUGAAUAGGCAAUGAUGGCAAGAAAUCCAGCAAAGUGUAUGUAUCUCCUCAGUAUCUAAUGAAACCCUGGUGCAUAAUACCCUCCAUUUUUUAUAAAUUUCGUAUAUUUUAGUAUCUAUUAGGCUAUAAAAUGUGCAUGGAUAUGUCAUUUGUAAUUUUCAUCUUUAAAAUCAAAUCUUAGUUAAUUCUACUAAAA